AUGAAUGAGUCGCCCGCAUCGAUCUCAAGCAGGGAUGUGGAGAGAAAUGCCAGUCCGCCGACUUAUGAUUCCUUAUAUGGAAAGCUAAAAGCUGCAAGUGAGGGCUCGAAAGGAAAAGUCGACUUCGCCAAGACGUCUAUUGGCAUUAUAUGCGGCUCACUUUUAUUCCUGAUAUGCAUCGUAAUUUCGUUGGCUUUCCCACUAGCAAAGAUAGCAAUAGGUUCGCUCUACUUUUACGACUGUCCAGCCCAACGUCUCAUUCCUAUCUACCUGAUAGUGGCAGGCGUAUUCGGCACCCUGAAAGGAAUUGAACUGAUAGGACAGAAUGUUGAAUCAAGAAAGGAUCAAUCUAACAGAGCAGAUGAGAAUCCAACUAAUCCCGCUGACGGCAUCCUUAAUCUGUUCUUGCUGGCAUGGUUUAUUUGUGGAAAUGUCUGGGUAUACGGACUGAAGGAUGAAUGGGUGUCUUCUCCGUCCACUGCCGGAAACUACUGCAAUCCGACACUCUUCUACUUCUCCUUCUGGUCCAUCACCUUGAUCUAUAUUUCAUUCGGGAUUGUCUGUCUCUUCAGCUGUAUCGGGUUAAUCGUUAUCAACUGUGUCGCCAACAAAAACUAA